AUGGCAAAACAUCGACAGCAGAACACCCACAUCAGCGAUCAUACUCUUCACCUGUCUACGUCGGGUGAAAGUGUCUCUUCGCUUCUCGCUCGUACUCCGAAUUUAUCACCCGGUGAUGCCUGGAACAGGCUUUAUGGCGACGCGGUGCGCAAGGGUGAGGGAGCUAUAGAGAGAGAGAGUGAAUCGACUCAGCAGUCGGGAACUCGUCGUGAGGGCACGAGCAUCGAAUCCGAAUCUGCACCGCAGGCGGAGGUAGAAAGAGCGGCGAAGUGCGGAAAUUGGGGUUCGACCAAACCGAGUGACUUAUUCCUCAAGAUCUACCACGAUGCCGUGUGCACUCUCGACCAUGCCCCUCACCAAGCUGUAGUCAGCCCUUCACUCAUGGGCAGUUAUGGGACGGUACCCCUCACUAUCAUCUCUGUGCUGCCCGACAUUGUCCGCCACAUGUCGAACGUCAUUGUCCGUGCAAGAGAAGAAGUGUUCUUGGCGACCAAUUACUGGCAAAGCAGUGUAGCGUCCAAGUACAUCACCGAUGCCAUUAAGGAGCUGGACCACCGAGCCGGGGCAAGGGGCACGAGGGUCGUUUUGAAAAUUCUCUACGACCGCGGGAGCCCUAGACAGCUCUACAAGCCCCAUUAUCUCGUUUCCGAGAAAGCAGUAACGGGAAAGAACGUCAACCUACCGUCUGCCGGUGAGAUCCCGCAUAUCGACAUGGAGGUCAUGAAUUUUCAUUCCCCCGUAAUGGGAACCUUCCACGCAAAGUAUGUGGUGGUUGACCGGAGGAUCGCUCUUUUACAGAGCAACAACAUUCAAGAUAACGACAACUUGGAGAUGAUGGUUCACUUGGAGGGCCCAAUCGUGGAUUCUAUAUACGACAUGGCUCUGAUUUCGUGGCACAAAAAGUUGGAUCCGCCAUUGCCUAGUCAGACUGCUACAGCUAGUGAUGAAGGGCGAGACAUCGGGUUGGAUGGGACCGGCAAGGGUACUACAACUGACCAAAACUCAGAAAGAGGUGACAUGGGACCCACCGGAGGCGACAAGGAGCCCGUAUCGGCUUCUAGAUUAAAUCGAGAGGACCAAACCAACGGGGCAGUCGCCGCCCCUGUCAGCCAGGAUUCGGUGCGAGAACCAAGGAGACUCCCAGAACAUACGGCAGAUGACCCACACUACGACGACGACAUCGCGGGCGAAGUGGCCCGCGCCGAUGCAUCACUCGCUCCCAAGCCCGACCAGACACACCUACAAGCCGUCACCCGGUUGCUCAACCAUACCCUCAAUGAAGGCCUGCCAGGAGACCCUGAAGCACCAGAGUGCCCACCCGGAAAAUUCAUGACACCAUACCUCCCCCAUCAAAGUCACACCCCCUACCCGAUGGCCCUCGUCAACCGCGCCCCCUACGGCCCGCCAACCCACAAAUCUGUGUCGAACCCCCAAAACGCCGCCUGGCUUUCCGCGGUGCGCAAUGCCCAGAAAAGCGUCCACAUCGUCUCGCCAACCCUCAACGCAUCUCCCCUGAUCCCAGCCAUCAUCGAAGCCUGCGAGCGCGGCGUCGACGUGUACUGCUACAUCUGCAUCAGCUACAACGAUGCCGGCGAGCUCCUCCCCCGCCAAGGCGGCCACAACGAAGCCAUCGCCGCGCACCUCCACCGCACCCUCAGCCGCACCCCUGGCCGCGGCCACCUGCACUACCACUGGUACGUGGCCAAGGACCAGACCCGCCCCAUAACCCAAGCGGCGCGGCAGCGCAGCAGCCACAUCAAGCUGCUCGUCGCCGACGGCGCCGUCGCGGUGCAGGGCAACGGCAACCAGGACACGCAGAGCUGGUUCCACAGCCAGGAGGCCAACCUGCUGGUGGACAGCCGCGCGCUGUGCGAGGCCUGGCUGGCGGGGCUGGACCGCAACCAGAACACGCGCUUGUUCGGGCGGGUCGGGGCCGAGGACGGGGUGUGGCGGGAUGGGAGCGGGAAUGGGGUGGAGGGGGCGAUGGGGGUCGAUGCCGGCCGGGUGUUGGGGUGGGUGAAAGGGGUAAAGGGGGCGGUGGAGAGAGUGAGGGGAACGGGAGGGUUUUGA